UAUAGUCUUAAAAUCAUCAAGGAUUGUACACUUGAUGAUUGACAGCUGGGCUUGGAAAUUCGAGAAUCGAGAUCAUGCUUGUCAGUUUUAUUCGUUUGAUAUUGAUUUAUCGGCUAUCGCUGGUCUGAUCACAGUUGUCAGAACUCAACACUGCUCUUGUCCGGGAACUUUUCGUUCAAUCGCUAAGAUACUGCUGGUAUCAUCACCACCAUGCAGUUCGACCUGGUCCGGGACACCACCAAGCUAUGUCGGGUGUGCUUGAUGGAUAGCGAUGGACAUCGCACCGACCUGUACGAAGUAUCCGACCAGCUUAGCUUGCACGAAAUGCUGAAAGCCAUCUGCGCCACCGUAUUUGAUAAAUCCGAUGCUGAGUAUCCACCCGGGAUGCCUACGACGGUUUGCGCCGACUGCCGGAAUGCUGUUCUCGCGGCUUUCAAGCUGCACCAGACGUGCAUCGAUAAUGAGCGUCGGCUGGUGGAGCUGCUGGCGCUAAAGUGGGAGCUUCAAGAUCUGGAGAUCGAAGAGGAAUUCGGAGAUCCACUGAAAUCCACCAACAAAGAAUUGUUGAGCGUUGAAGUGGAAAAUCAUGCUAAGACCGAAGGAGAAACGCAUCUUCUCGAGGAGGAGCAACCAAAAGACGAGAUGGAAGAUUCACUUUCUGCUGGUGAACAUGGAAAUACGAUAAAGGUUGAAGAAUUAGAUUUGAUGGACGUAGACGACAACGAAAACGGUGAUAUUCCUGAAACUGGUGAGAUCGUGGAACGUUCCUCCGGAGAAGAUACGAACAAGACCACCUGUAUCAUCUGCUCGAAAUCGUUUGGUAAUGUUGUCAUGCUGAGAAAACACAUGGCCCUGGAGCAUCAGUUGCACAUGUGCGAGUUUUGUCCGAAAUCUUUCAGAAUUCGCGCAAGUUUUACUCGUCAUCGGAGGCAACACUUGAAGAAGCAUCCGGAGAGAGGCUCGAGCGGAUCGCGGAAGGUGUAUUCUUGUCAAUAUUGCGAAGAAACGUUCAAAGUGGGCAUGCAACUUAUGAGACACAAAGCAGCUGUCCAUCGAAAUGUAAAAGAUCCGAAUCAACCUUUUACGUGCAGAUUAUGCGCGGAAUCGUACGCAACAGCAACGGAGCUGAUGACCCACAAAAAAACGCAUGAAAACCCAGUUAACUGUUCAUGUGGACGUAGAUUUAAAAAUGACAUGAGAUUACAAGCUCAUACCGCGUCCGGAACAUGCUCAGGAGAUAACGAUAGAAGGUGUAACAUAUGUAAUAAAGUCUUCAAAUCAGUCGACUUCAUGCUUAGACAUCGCAACGCGGUGCAUUCCGAGUCCGUCGUAUGUCCCGAGUGUGGUCAGACGAUGGCUAACCUUGCCAGCAUGAAAGUGCAUUUGCGGAUUGGAUACUGUUCCGCGCAACCUCCGACGAAGUCUGUGAUAGCUGCCAGAACCUGUAAGAUUUGUGGCGAAGAACAGAAAAACCGCUACGCUGUAAAAGGUCACAUGAUACGAGCACAUCCGGACCGUAUGCUUCGCUGUGGUAUGUGCAGUAUGGAAUUUAGAACUCAAAGAUAUCUUGAUUUGCACAUACAAUACCACGAAACCAAAACGUUCAAAUGUAAAAUUUGUGACGAAACCGUGAACUCAAAAGAUGCUCUUGUAAAGCACCGACGAAUCCACAGAGACCCCAUCACGUGCUCAGUUUGUGACAAAAAGUUCGCAUCCAAACAUACUCUUACUACCCACAUGGAGCGACACAUAGGCAUCAAACCGUUCGCCUGUGACGUUUGUCCGAUGCGGUUUAUUACGAAAGUAGAGAUCCAAGGUCACAUGGCAACGCACACCAAGCAACAGGACCAUGUUUGUGAUCUUUGCGGAUCUCGGUUCACAAAAAAAUAUUCGUUGAAAGUACAUAUCAAGCGAGUUCACGAGGGUGUUCGGCCCUUCUCGUGUUCGCAGUGCAGUUUAAAGUUUACCACAGCGGAUCGACUACAGCGCCACAUGUACACCCAUACAGGGGAAAAACCGUACACGUGUGAACUUUGCCCGCAGGCUUACGCCCAGACCAACGAUCUGGUCAAGCACGUGGCCCGCGCCCACGGCGAUGGCAAUCCGUACCUUUGCGACCUGUGCGACGAGGGGUUCAAGCUUAUGACGGACCUGCGCCAGCACUAUCGGGUGCACGUGCAAUCGACUGAAGGUGGCACCGAAAAGAUGGAGGAGGUACGCUUCACCAGUGUAGCGAUACUGAAGCGGGUUUUCGCUAAAGCUAAACAACGGAUGUGACCCGAUAGUGCCUGAAUUGAAAAUAAAAUGAUAAAAUGAGUUA